AUGUAGUAUAAUAUUAUUGAAUAAAAUAAAAUACAUGUGAGUGUAAGGGAUCCAACAAUUAAUUAAAAUCAAGAUGAAUUUGUUAUGUACAAUAUAGAAGGAUAAGACAAUACAGGAAAUUUUUAGAUUUAACAUCGUUUUAGUGAAUUUUAUUAAUUAAGAUCAUUGCUUGCAUAAAAAUGGUAAUACUGUUAUAUACCAGCAUUACCUUAAAAAGUAGUUUAAGUAAAGAUAAAUAUUUAAUAAAUUUAGGGAAAUUUAAGUUAGUAAUUAAUUUAUCAAAGAUUAGUGAUGCUCAAUCAUUUUAUGAAAUAAUUAUCUCAUUUUUAAUUUUUGUGGUAUUCUAAAGAAGUUUAAAUAUUUUUGCGAUAACAAUAUAUUUAGGAUAAUAAUUCUAAUGAAUAAUAAGAGAACUAUGCUGAUUUAUUAAUAUCAACAUUUCCAGAUUUUGCAGAAAAUGUUAUAGAUUAAGAAAAUGAAACAAAAAUAGAUUAAUUUUUUCUUUUUAUUCAAAAUGCCACUCCAAUUUUACAAAAUUAUAAAUUCAUUAUGAAGAAUAAAAUAAAUGUUAGGUAAGAUUAAAAAUAUAUAUAGCAAAAAUUACUUUGAGUAAAUAAAUAUUUUUAAAAACUUUUUUAUAUAUGAAUAUGAAUCAAUAUUGGAGAUUAAUGUUAUAAAUUAAGGAUCUUCUUAACCAAGGAAGAUUUUUGAAGAUUAUGAAAAUAAUUGUGAAUUAAGUGAAAAUGAGAAGUAAUUCUAUAUCAUGUAUAUUUAGAUUAAAAUUGAAUUAAAUGAAUUUAAUGUAAAAAUAAUAAUUAAAUUUAAUAGGUUUUAAUUGAGUUAAUUCAAGAAAGAAGAAAAUUACAAUAAGAAAUUUAAUCUUUGAAUGAAUAAUUACAAAAAUAAGUUAAUUAUGUAUCUGAUACUUAAAAUAAUGGAUUAAAUAUAAUUAUGUAAUUUUUAACUACAAAAGAAGAAGAAAUAGAAAAAUCAUUAACUAAAUUAAAAUAAGUGAUUUAUAUUAAUACUUAAAUAGCUAGAAAAAGAAUUAACAACAAAAGUUUAGAUCUUCAAUUUAAUUACCAAUAAAUUAGCUUCAGAUAUUUAAUUUUUGAAGUAGAUUUUUUUUGAAAAUUAUCAUUAUGUUGUCAGAUAAAUGAGUUAAUUUUUUAAAUAAAAUGCAUAAAAAGUAUAAAUAAUAUUUAUUAUUAGAGUAUUUCUUAUUACUAAGACUUAUUAGAAUAAAUAGAAAAAUAAGGUCUUUGA